UAUCAAAGGGGAAAGUAUUCACCUGAUCUGAGGUAAACGAAGAUGGCGUCGCGGUGGAGUGGAGUUUCUGGCGGGGGCGAGAAUCGGUUGGUGUCGUUGCCUCUGUCGCGGAUCCGGGUGAUCAUGAAGAGUUCGCCCGAAGUCUCGAGCAUCAACCCGGAUGCGAUUUUCCUCACCGCCAAGGCCACGGAGCUGUUUGUUCAGUAUUUAGCUACUUACGCUUACAAGCACGGCCAGGGCAACGAGCACAAGACGCUGACAUAUACUCACCUGUCACAAGCAGUACAGAACUCUGACACUUUCCAGUUCCUUGCAGAUAUUGUGCCAAAGAAAAUCUUGGCAAGCAAAUAUCUGAAAAUGCUUGAAAAAGAAAAAGAAGGAAAGGAGAUAAAGGAGGAGAAAGAAGAGGAAGCAGAAGAAAGUGAGGCUGAAGAAGGAUCUUGACAGUACAGCUUGAUUUAUGGCCUUGUAUGUGAACACUCUUUAAUGACUUAUGAUCAACUGAAUUCUUACAUCCUUGAUCCAGUGUCAACUUUCAGAGUUAGAACUGACAACCUGUGUACAAUUACCCUGCAAAGACUUCCAAGUGGGACUGAACAUAUUUGCGGAUCUUUGUUUUGCAUCUUCAGUUUAUAAACAUAAUGUGGAUGAUUGCUUGUAAUAUACCAAAUGUCCGUGUUAACCAAAUACUGUAUUUUCAAUACAGAAUCGUCUUCAUUGCUCACAUUGGGCAAAUCUAAAAAUGGGUAAAUUCCUUUUAUAUGCCAAUACUGAAGUUUUCUUUCCUUUCAAUGUAAGUUGGUAAAAAAGGGUUCAGAUUUCUUAAAAGUGAAUUGUUUAUAUGACUAGUUAUAUAUAAGCUACAUUCAAAUUAUCCAUGUUGCAAACAAAAAAAAUACUUUCAAUGUCCUCAGUUCAUAUGUACAAUAAUGUUACACCGAUGUAAAUAAAUUUGGGAAA